GCUCGCCUUGUAAAAAUCAGCGCUAAAGCGUGAAGAUGGUUUUUGUUGCGUUGGCUUCCCCUCUCUUCAUGGGACGGCAGUUGACCGUGGUCGCCUCGACUUUACACUCUGGGCUGCGGUUCUCGGUACGGGGCCUGAAGGGUCAGAGAGUAACAUCCGGGCUCCGCAGCCUGGAAAAAUCUUGUUCUCUGGAAGCUGAAAUCGCCGAGAUGGUCAUAAACGCAGAGCAGGAUUCGCUCUCAGAUCGAAGCUUCAUUGUCUGCCCCCAAUUAGCGCACAAAGUGGCCUCCCAGGUGACGAGGGGGAUAAAUUUUGAGGAGUCCAGAACCUUUCUCAUGGAAUUUGACGCAGGUCCUGGAGUGUUGACUCGAAAGCUGCUUAAUACUGGAGCCCAUGUUAUAGCUCUAGAGAAUAAUAAAUCCUUUCUUCCUAACUUAGAGUCUCUACAGAAAGAAUUUGAAAGCCAAUUGGACGUAGUGCAUUCCAGCUUCAUAAAAUUGGAUGGUAAUCCACAUGCAUUGUUGAAGGGUGAAUUAUGUUCUGAAACACUUUUUAACAACCUGAGAAUCUCCGAAGUUCCUUGGACAUCAGAUAUUCCUCUAAAAGUGGUUGGAAUUGUCCCCUCAAAAGAAGAACGGACCUUUCUUUGGAAAUAUACUUAUUUUUUAUAUGAAUGCAGCUCUAUAUAUAAUUAUGGAAGAAUAGAACUGAACUUGUUUGUCAGUGAAAGAUUGUACAAGGUUUUUGUUGCAAAACCUCCAGAUAAAAAAUAUUACCAGACACUAAGCGUACUUUGGCAAACAGCUUGUGAUAUUCAUCUUCUGCAUAAGGAGCCUUGCUCUUCAUUUUUAACUACUUCAAGGAAAAAGUCCUUGGGAUCAAAUAGUCCGAAUGAACACUUAUAUUUAGUACAACUUACACCACGCAAAGAUUUAUUUACAGACUUUUUGACAACUGAUAAUUCAAAAAUAUUUAUUAUGAUGUUAAAGCAGUGUUUUGGUAAAGCCUCAACUAAGCUACUCAAUAAAUUGAAUUUAUGGACUUAUGAGAAUGCAAAGAAUUUGCUGACAGAGUUGGAGAUUCCAGAAGAUGUUACAGCUGGUGGUUUAUACCCAGAAGCAUACAAAUCUCUCUUUGAACGUAUGGAACAGUCUAAUCGAAUUGAUCGGAGUUUGUUCUGUGACAUUGAUUUAUUGGCAGAUGAUAGCGUAAUUUUUUUAAAAUGAAGACUAAUUUAUAAUGUUUUUUCUAAAUUGAAAUAUUUAGAACUACACACCUUGAAGUCUUACAAAGAAGUUAAUCCCUAUGUGUAUGAAGAUGACAGUUCUAGAAAAUUUAAAUUAUGCAAACAAGGAAGAUGCAGUGGAUCCUAAAUGAUCAAUUCUGAAGUUGCUGUAACUUGGAAACUGCAAAGAUUAAAAAACAAUAACUAUGUACCCCACCAGUUUUGUAUAAAACAGAUAUUUUCCAAAUCAGUAUUUUACCAGGAUAACAGUGAAUGAAAAAAAUGGAAGAAAGAAUGAAGGGGAUAUUUUUGGUUUAAUUUUAAAUACAACUCAUUUAAUCUGUAUUCUGCCUUUACUAUAUCCCACUUUGUGAGGGGACAGACAUAACUUAUACUAUAUAAAAUAAGCAAUUCUCAUUUAACAUGAGAGUUGUUUCUUACUAGUUUAUAGUUUAUACUGGGAAUUUUAAGGAAUUAUCCAUUGGGCAAAGGGCAAGGUGAGAUGGGAAAUGUAUGUGAAGAUAAAAACUGUAGUUCCAGUGUAGGAAACUUGUUGAUAUUCCAUCAGAAAUUAAUUUAUGUUUUCAAAAUAACUGGUGUUUUAAUUUGUAAGUUAUAGAAAUUAAAAUUAGAUCACAUAAACUAUUUUGUUUUAGCAUUGAAUAUUAGGAAACUGCCUAUUCUAGCAAAUUUUAUUUUAGGGUACAUCUAAAUUGCUUGAAAUAUAUAUUGUUCCAUUAUUAUGUGAGCAAUCAUAUUGCAUGACAGAGUAGGAUGAAUUACCUAUGGGACAAGCUAAUCUUGACAAUAUAAUCUCAUUUGUAUACUGUACGGUAUUAUGCUGCUAAGCCACAAAGGAAUACAAGCAGUCCUUUGGGACAGCAAUUGGGAUUGAAAUUUCCAUUGCUAAAUGAUGUAGUCAUAAAGUGAGUGCAAAGAGGGUGUGUGGGCAAGAGAGACUUAUCCCAGUGACAUCCAGGUUUCCCAGGCAGCUUACCCAUUGACUUUCCUGGGAAGCCACCGAGGAAAGCCACAAAUAGUGACACAUGAUCAUAGGGUGCUGCAACUGGCCAUCAGUGUGAACCAAUUGCCAAGCACCCAGAUUGCAAUCAUGUGACUGCUGGAAUGUCCAGAACUUAAGGACUGGUCAUAAACACAAUGCAUUCAGCACUGUUGUAACUUUGAAUGGUCACUGAACAAGUAGGUGUAAGUUGAGGACAACAGUAGUCUUAGCACAGAUUCAAAUAAGUAUUGUCUGAAGCUCAAUUGAUUUAAAGAUAGUGCAAAACUAAGAGCAGACUUUGCACAAAGUUGGAUACAAAUAUCAGAGACCACCUAAAAUAACAAGAUAUAUAAUUUUAUUUUUAUAUCAGGAAAGAAGGAUUGCCUCCGUUUGUUUUCUCAGACAUCCACAGAAUACAACCUUCCUGAAGUUGUAAUGGUAGUUUACUUUAGUUCUGCCCUUUCCACAGCUCCUGGACAGAUCCCAUUCUGUUCAGAAAACGGUUUAACUAGCAAGAGUAGAGCUUAGGGGGCCCUAUGGGAUGCUAGGCUUUCUCCCUCUUUCCACUUUGAGGCUUUGAUUUAAAAAUAGUCAGAAAUAAUUUUCUUUCCUUUUUACUGCAAGUAUGUGCAAUGUGAGAAGGCAGUGCUGGAGGAAGUAACUUUUUGAAUUUCUUUGAGUAGCCUCUUCUUUAGCCCUUCCUCUUUGUGAGGCUACAGCUCCAAACAUUUUCUCUAGCCAAAAUGGGCACUUGACAACUUGUUUGUACUUAACAAUCAUUUUUCAAGACCCCACAAUCACACAAUUACUUUUUGUGACCUUCCCUGCCAGCUUCCUAAAAAAAUCAGUAGGGAAGAUGGCAGGGAAGGUCACAAGUCUUUGGGAUAAGGCCCACCCUUGUGAGCACUCCCCAACCCUCACUAUGCUUCCCUCACACAGACCCUUGCACAUCUUCCCCAACCCAUAUGAUGCCUCUCAAGCACCUUUCCCAAUCAACCCCAACCUUCACAACACUCUCAUGACCUCUUGCUCUGUCACGCAUCCUCAACAAUCCACAGUGCCUCUUGUACACCCUAACCCCCCUUGACCGGCACAGCAUCUUUCUUGCACUCUUCCUGAUCUACCUUCAUGCUCUGCUGUGCCUCUUGCACACCCUUCUUGACCCUCCCCUGAACUGCCAUGCAACUUCCUCCUACCUGGAACCUUUGUGGUGAUUUUCCCAUUUGACUUUGGUAGGGGAAAUUGGGCAGGAAGUUGCCUCAUCUAACAACUGGGAUUUAGUUAAUGAUGGCAACUACAGUGAUUGCCAUUGCUAUGUGAUUCAGUUGUGCUUUAUGACCACAUCAUUUGCUAAAGGAAAUUCUAGUCCCAGUUACUGUUGUAGUGAGUUGAGGACUACCUGUACUUGAUAGAUGCCUGUAACCAACUCCAGGGUAAGCAGCUGCUAGUUGUUCCUCAUAUAAUGCCUCCUUCCUGAUCCUUUACUUCCCUUGCUAUUCCUUGGACACACAUUUGUUUAUCACUAUCCUUUCUAAAAUGUGCCUAAAACUGGAUGCAAUAUUCCAAAUGAGAUCAAAAUCAGUGCAAAAUAGAGAAAAACAAUGAUUUCUCUUCAUAGCUAUGAUUCAUUUGCCUUUUUUUUGCAGUUAUAUGCUGUUGCCUAUAUUCAGCAUCUAAUCUAUCAAAACACUCAAAUCCAUUUUGCAUGUAGUGAUGCCCAGUAUGGUCCCCUGCAAUUCUUAACUAUGCUUUUGAUUUUUCCUACCCAAAUCUAAGACAUGGAAUUUGUCACUGCUGAAAUUUAUCUUGCUGGUUUCUACCUAUUUAUUCCAGUUUAACAAGUUAUUAUCUCCUGAAUAUCUCCUCCAUUGUUCUCUAAGAUGUUUACUUUUCCUUUUACCUUUCUGUCAUAGGCAGAUUGAAUAUACUGUAUUUUCUAACCCUUCAUCUAAGUUAUAUGUUCAGGGGGACAAAGUCUAGAAUGGAGUCCUUGUGCAACCACUUAGUUCUUCUUUCCAACUUAAUGUGAAGCCUUUGAUAAACAUUUGUUGGUUAUGCUUGUUCAACUCAAUAUUCAUCCAAUGAUAUAAUAGUCCAGUUCAUCUUUUGCCAUGCUGUCUUCUAGCAUUUUAUUGGAGACUUUGUUGAAUACAAGUUAAACUGUCCAUUGCCUGCUUCUGGUUAAUUGUCACUGUAUCAAAAAAGACGAUUAGGUUGAUUUGUCAUGAUCAGUGUGUUUCCCCAUAGCAGAAUAAUAUAAACUUUAUUAAAUAAGAAAAUUAAGUUGAGUACAAAGUCCCAGAUUCAAGAUCAUUACAGCUACUGUAAUUCUAGCUUACAAUUAUUUAUGAAUAAGAUCAUACUAUCUGUAGUUUAUUAACGAAUAUUAAUAUUUUGUUUAGAGAUGCUAACAUUUGCUAACUAUAGUCUGUGCUUUUGAGAAAGUAAAGGCUGAAGUAGAUGAAGAUAAAAGUGCAUAAUGGACGGGAUUUCUGAAUUUUCCUGGCUCUGGGAGAAAGUUCUUUUUCUCCUUAAUUCUAAUUGGGUGGAUUUAUUUGUGUGUUUGGGAGAAAACCAAUGUUGCUAUUUCCAGAAAGCAUCAGAGUGAGUCUUGGGGCCAAAAAAUGAGUGGCUUGGGGAGAUAUCCAGACCUCAAGGUUCUUAGGUUUCUUUAGCUCUGAUUUAAAUUAAAGAAAAUGCUGGUAAUUAUUUGAGUCAUUUUGAUAAGUCUAAAACCUAUUGUAAUGCUUCCUAUUUCUUUGACUCUUCUGUAGCUUCCAUAAAACUUCAGCAAUUAAAAUAAAAAUAAUUAAAUUUGGAUUGUUUCAGGACAGAUGCAAAUAAGGCAAAUAUUAACUAAAACAAAAAGGUUAUGCUAUUGCUUAUAAUCCAAACUCUUACAUUUAGUUCCAAUGUUCCAUUACUCCUUAUUUUUAAAUACAACCGCUAUUUUAAUGCUUACUUUCAUGUUUGAACAGAACUCUUUACAGCUCUGAAAUAUCCUUUUUGACACCUUCAUAAUUUGAUUGUUAAUGUUUUCAUUUUUAAUAAAAUAUUUUUAACUUGUUAUUCCUUAUUAA